UGUGCUGAAAGUUGAAGUAAGGGGAAGUGAAUUCCAACGAUGCAAUCAGCCAGCCAGCCUGGUUUCUCCACCAAUGACGUUUCUUCUGUCUCUAAUCCGCACUGUCAAAGCCCGUCGGCUAUCGACAUUCCCCAACUCGGGCGGAAUCCACCGCCUCCCCCAUCUUUUGAACGCUUAUCAGCUCUCUCGGACUUGAAGCCGAUCAUCAACUUCUCCAGUUCUUUCCUGCUCGGUUACUAAAAUGGGGGUCUAGGCAUAGCAAGGCCUCACCCAAUUUGCUUGGUCCGGCCACUGCAUGCCGCCCCAACUCUCACUCCUGGGCUACUCUGCUUUUCUUCACUUUUCGUCUUCUCCUCUUCUCUUAUCGCUCCUCCUCUUCCCUUCUCCCCCAUUCUGCCCACUCCAUUGUCUGUCAUUCUCGAUCGGUGGCUGAGCUCUGCGAUCCGUCAACAUGAGCAAAGUAUUUGAUGCGGCGGAAGUCGCAAAGCACAACACACCCGAGAGCUGUUGGGUAAUUCUUUAUGGUAAAGUCUACGAUGUCACCGACUUCUUAUCGGAGCACCCUGGCGGUGCUAAGAUCAUUCUCAAGCUUGCCGGCAAAGAUGCCACCGAAGAAUACGACCCCAUUCAUCCUCCAGGCAUUCUAGAGGAGAAUCUCAAGCCCGAAGCCAUCCUCGGGACCGUCAACCCCGACACACUCCCUAAAGUACAAGCAGAGCCCGCGCCAGAAGCAGCAGAAGUGGAGGGUCCGCUACCGAUGGAAUCUCUUCUGAAUAUGGACGAUUUCGAACAAGUCGCCACCAAAAACAUCAGCAAAAAGGCCUGGGCCUACUACUACUCCGCCUCGGACGACAAGGUUACGAAGCAUUUCAACACCGAAGUCUACCGGUCGAUCAUCCUCCGACCGAGGGUAUUUGUUGACUGCACCAAGUGCGACCUGGAUACCACCGUACUGGGUCACAACCUGGGGAUGCCCAUCUAUGUAUCCCCCGCCGCCAUGGCUCGCCUGGGCCAUCCUGCGGGUGAAGCCGGUAUCGCGGAAGCGUGCCGGAGCUUUGGGGCCAUGCAGAUCAUCUCCAACAAUGCCUCCAUGACGCCGGAGCAGAUCGUGCAAGACGCCGCGCCGGACCAGGUCUUCGGAUGGCAGCUGUACGUGCAGGUCGAUCGCAAGAAGAGCGAGACGAUGCUGGCGCGCAUCAACAAGCUCAAAGCUAUCAAGUUCAUCGUUCUCACCCUGGACGCUCCGGUGCCCGGGAAGCGCGAGGAUGAUGAGCGUGGCAAUGCAGUCGGGGCAUCGGCACCGGUGGCCAGCGCCGCGAUGGCGGCGGAUAAGAAGGCCGCGGGGGAGUCGGCCCAGCUGGGCGGCGUGGGCCGGCAGCUGUUCGCCGGCACCGAUCCCUCGCUGACGUGGCAGGAGACGCUGCCGUGGUUGGCAAAGCAGACUGAUCUGCCCAUCAUCCUGAAGGGUCUGCAGACGCACGAGGACGCUUACAUUGCGUCGCUUCACACCCCCCAGGUGAAGGGUAUUAUCCUGUCGAACCAUGGCGGUCGCGCGCUGGACACAGCGCCUCCGGCGGUCCACACGUUGCUCGAAAUCCGGAAAUAUUGCCCCGAGGUCUUUGACAGGCUGGAGGUCUGGGUGGAUGGCGGUAUCCGCCGUGGUACGGAUGUUGUCAAGGCGCUCUGUCUCGGUGCUAGGGGAGUUGGUGUUGGCCGUCCGGCACUCUGGGGACUCGGUGCCGGUGGUGUUGAGGGUGUGAAGCGUACUCUGCAGGUUCUGUCCGAUGAGACAAAGACUUGCAUGCGCUUACUCGGUGUUGAAAGGGUCGAGGACCUGGGUCCUCAACACAUCAACACCCGUAUCGUCGAGCAACAGAUCUACGAUGGCCCUUCGGGCUUAGAUAGUGCACGGAAAGCAUUCCGCGCGAAGUUGUAGCCAGAUCACUUAAUGCAGUACGAUUUCUUUCCUAUGAUUUAUCCUUUCAUAGCCUCAUCAUGAUGCGCUGGAAGGUUGCUUGAUCACAAACCGGUUCAGAUGAACAUAGGGACCAGGCUGGGUGGCAUUCGUGACUUUGUUAUGCUACUGUCGAUACCUUGAAACAUUUCCGUAACAAAGCUUAUUGUAUUCCAAUCUUUACCUUGUCAUUAGCCG